AUGGCGACUCAAGCAGGUGUCACAGUCGAGGCGAUCGGGAAGCCCUUUGCUGUAGUAGGUAGCGUUCCUAAACCUACACCCGGCAAGAAGCAAGUGCUCGUAAAGAGCCUGGUCGUCAGCCUCAAUCCCAUCGAGAAUAUGCAGCAGAAGUUUGGGAUUUUGGUGGAGAGCUGGCCCGCCGUCCUAGGUAGCGAUUUCAGCGGAGCCGUAACAGAGGUCGGGGAAGACAGCACCAGGUUGAAAAAAGGCGACUAUGUGUAUGGCUGCGCACUGAUCGGUAGGAAUGACUAUACACCGUUUCAAGAGACGUUCAUAGUCGACGAAGAUAUCGUCUUCAAGAAGGGCGAAAAAUUUUCGCAUGAGGAAGCCAGUACAAUCGGAGCGGGGUUGUUGACGGCAAGCCUGGCUCUCCUCGCAGGGUUCGACUUAAGCCUGCCUCCACCCGGAACUCGAUCGCCAGGGCGGGAUGAAUGGAUCGUGGUACUGGGGGGUAGUGGAAGCGUUGGGCAAUUCGGAGUCCAAAUCCCCGCUAGCCAUGGAGCAGCAACGUUCGAUGGCCGAGCGUCUUUAGACGAGCAAGUUGCCGAAAUCAAAAAGAUUACGGGAGGCUCCUUCGCUCGUGUAUUCGAUGCUUCUGCCCAUGGCUACGACGUCGCCAUCGCUGCUCUUUCGUCGGCCUCGACCGAGCCAGUAAAAUACUUCUCCUCGGUUGAUGACUGGUCGCCUUUCAAGACACCGCCGUCAAUCAAGGAGUACCGCACUCAACUUGGGCGUCUUGGUAAAUUCGACGAUGAUCUCGGCUCAACUAUUUCCAGCCAGAUCGCCGCCUGGAUACCCCAGUUGGAAGGGCAUUUUGAAGCAGGGACUAUCAAGCCGCUCGAGUACGAGCUAGUUGAUGGCUUGGGUUGGGACAAGCUAAUUGCUGGCAUCCAACAGCUGGAAGACGGAAAGGUCUCCAAGAAACUGGUUGUCAAAGUCCAGGAGGAAUAG